AUGCAGGGUCGUACGUCGCUUCUUCUGCACUCUCUCGUUCCGAAUACGCUCUACAUAAUUCAAGUGCAGUCGAUGCGACUAGCCUCACCAACGCCCCAGCAAUCGGACCAAAACAUGGAUGGCGAACAAUCUGCAUUGUCCAAAACAAAUUACUAUUCACCUUCUGAUUCUGGCGCCAAAAGACUGGCUGACCCCCAGCUCUCUGACUCCUCUUCUUCCCCCUCCUCUCGAACCUCUUACUUUGCCGCCUCGUCUCCGGGCGCCUCCUAUUCUCCGCCGGAGUCUCGCAGAGAGGCUGGCUUCUGGACGCUUCCAGGUCUCACGUCAAGCCUGCCCUUGGUCAGUGAGCCCAUCUCCGUCUACCUGCGCACCCCUGACACAAACGAGUCCCCGCUGGUCUCGAACCCUGACCCUCUCGAAGGCAAGGGCGUAGACGUCUCUCCUCUGCAGCCCAACUGGCCCGACUCCACCGGUUCGGGCCUACGGGGCGGUUGGCCGCUCUGGAGGGGACAGGAGGCCAACACGAGGCUCGACGAUACAGCACAAGGCUCCAAGGCUGCUGGACAGCUGACAAGCCUAGGCCGCCAAGGUCGUCGGCCAGAAUACGGUGGCAGUUGGCCGAUAUCGUCUUCCUGGCAUCGAAAGAGUUCAAGAAAAGAGUCAUUUUCCGUAUCUUCCUCGGCCUCCUCAUUGCCUUGUUUGGCUCAGAUAUGUUCAGGUAAUCCCUACUCUCAGGUCGUGAGGAUCACGACCUUCAGGCCGUCCGGCAUUGGAGCGAUCCUGAUUGAGUAA